CCCGAAAGCCCGCUGGCUCCAGCGAACCUCACAGAACUUGCAGUCUCGACUCGACGGUUUGUCGCACGUUGUCAUUGUUGGGAGCAAAUCUCAAGGCAACCCAUCUUGCUCACACAGUUCAGUUACUUGAUCCACGCCGCCUCGAGCUCGCAACUAGAGCAAGCGAAGGGACCACGCGCCAGUGUCGAUUAUCUUGCAUGUGCUCGGGGUAACACUCGUCGCACGUAAGCCACGGAGCGAGCGAGGCAAGAGGCCGACGCAGUGAGCGGCGAUGGAGGCAGGCGGGAAGGAGGAGGGGAGAAACGUGAUACACGAACCGAAUGGGGUGAAGGAAUCCGAAUUGCCCGCUCCCGUCGCAGCGAGCGCCGGAACCCCCGGCGCUGAUGGCGGUGAAUGCAAGGACGCUUUGGACGGCGACGCUGACGCCGAAGAGACGUUCCAAGACGCGACCAAUGAGGAGCCGCCACUUGUCAUGGAUGAGAAGAGCUUGGCGCGGCAGAGAGAGUGGGAGCAGGCGCACGCAGCCGCGGAGGCGCAGCGGCAGGCUGAGGAGGCGGAGCGGAAGGGGGAGGAGGCGGUGGUGCAGAUGGACGGGUACCGAGAGGGGCGCAUCUUGUGGCGCGCGGAGCUGGAGCGGCAGAUGCAGGCGUGGCGCACCGACCCCGAGUGGGACGAUGAGGUGGCGCAGCUGACGGUGUCGACGCCCAAAGGCACCUUCUGCCAGCUCGACUGCCAGGUCACAUUCGCCCUGCCGCCCGACGCGGUGUACAACACGCUGUGCGACCCGUACAACAGGCGCGUGUUCAAGAACAUCAAGGCCGUGAAGCACCGCAAGGUGCUGGAGGACGACGGCGACCGCCAGCUCGUCGAGGUCGAGCAGUCCGCCGCCUGGCGCUUCCUCGUCUUCUCGGGCGCCUUCGACACAAGGCUGCUCGUCACGCAGGACAGGGCCGAGCGCAAGAUGUCGUUCAAAAUUGCGCAGCCCGGCUUCAUGCGGCGCUUCGAGGGCUUCUGGCGCGUGGAGCCGCUGCCCGUGGGGGGGUCGGCGGAGAUGCGGGCGCAACGGGAGAGGGCGGGGAAGGAGGGGAAGGCGGGGACGGAGGGGAAGGCGGGGACGGAGGGGAAGGCGGGGACGGAGGGGACGGCGGGGACGGAGAAAGAAGAGAAGGGCGGGGAUGUGAAGGAUGGGGAUGUGAAGGAUGGGGAUGUGAAGGAUGGGGAUGUGAAGGAUGGGGAUGUGAAGGAUGGGGAUGUGAAGGAUGGGGCGGGGAAGGAUGCGACGGGAGAAGGCAAGGAGGGAGGCGAGUUUGAGGAUGCGCAGGAGGCAUUCGACAGCAGGCAAGCUGCGGAGACAGGCGCAGCUGAGGGCGGUGCAAGUGAGGAUGGGCCAGGGCAGUGCAUGCGCAUGGCGUCGAGGGUGCAUCUGCAGCAGGUGGUGCAGCUGGCGCUGGCCCCGCCGCCCCCCCUGGACUACUACGUGAGAGGCAUCACGGCACAGGUGGUGCGAGACAUGCUGCGGGACUUCCAGACUGAGGCCCGGCGCAUCCGAUAUGGGGGGGGGGAGGGGGACGACGCGGGGAAGGACGCAGGGCAGGAGGGGGUGGGGGGCCGGGCGGCGCGGAUGAGUGCAGCGUUCCUACAUAGGGAGACGCUGUGGGGGAAGAAGGGGGGGAAGGGGAAGGGGGUGGGAGGGGGGAAGAGGAAUGGCACGAGCUAGGGAGGUAGUGAGCUGGAGUCCAGGAUAAAGCUCAUGGAUGAUGGAAAAUGGCUGGUGACUGGUGCCUAGGGGACCACUUCGGUGGAGUAGAAUGAUGAUGGCU